CCGUUUCCGGUGUGCGCCCGCCGCCCGCCGGUGCCUGUGGGGAUGAAGCUGCUGACCCACAACCUGCUGACGUCGCACGUGCGUGGGGUGGGCCCGCCCCACGGCUACCCCCUCCGCAUACAGGCCACCGAGGUGCGCGUCAACGCCGUGGACUUCAACCCCGAGUUCGUGAGCCGGAUGAUCCCCAAGAUGGAGUGGCAGGCGCUGGUGGAGGCGGCCGAGAGCCUGGGUCACUCGGCAGACUUACCCCGACAACUGACGGAGGGCUACCAGCAGGAUGAGGAAUUUCUGCGGAAGGCGCAUCACGUCCUGCUGGAGGUGGAGGUGGUGGAGGGCACGCUGCAGUGUCCCGCGUCGGGACGCCAGUUCCCCAUCACGCGAGGGAUCCCCAACCUGCUGCUGAAUGAGGAGGAGGCCGCGGCCUAGGACCCCUGCCCCGUCCCCCCGCCCCCGGCCAUCCGAUGCACGCACACUGUGAGGUUGUUCCGACCGUCAUUAUAUUUUCUCGUUAAAUGUUCAAAACCAAACGCGUGUUUUGUCUUUGCAGCAAAUAUACAUUAAAAUAGAGUCUCUGUA